AUGUGCAGAGGAUUGUAUAGUGGAGACUUUUCAACACUAUGUACAACAUUGUAUUGUUCUGACACAUCAUCGUCAACCUGUUACGGAGAAACGGCGUCAGAUGGAACCUUGUGCGGCAAUCAUAAGUGGUGUUUAUCGGGAGUUUGUACCUCAGACGUGAAUGCACCAGCGGGCGAUGAAUCUUGUUUAUAUGGAGAUACGUUAGGAGCAGUAUUUUCCAAUGGUUGGACAUGUGCAGACAUGGUGACUAACGCUCCAAACAACUGCCCAUCAAAUGCUGUAACUUGUUGUUAUUCCUGUGCUCCAUACUUAACAACUACAACUGCCACACAGUCUACGUCCACUUUAGGCACUUUGGAAACAACUAGUUCUAUGCCACAUGUAUCUACCAGCAGCGUGCCAUUUCAAUCUCCAGACGCAGAUUCGCAAUGUGAAAGUAAUCGUGGUGCUGGAUCAUUCAUGUGCCGGGGAUUGUAUAGUGGAAAUUUUUCAUCUUUAUGUACAACGCUGUGGUGUACAAACCCAUCAUCUAAUUCGUCAUCCUGUUACGGACAGACAGCCGCAGAUGGUACAUUGUGUGGCAAUCAAAAGUGGUGUAUGGCAGGAGCUUGUACCUCAGAUGUAAACGCACCAUCAGGCGAUGAAUCCUGUUUAUAUGGAGAUAAGCUAGGAGCCGUAUUUACCAACGGCUGGACAUGCGCAGAUAUGGUUGCAAAUGCUCCAAAUAACUGUCCAUCGAAUGCUAUUACUUGUUGUCAUUCUUGCGCCCCAUACCUUCCAACAACUACUCCCUUAUCAUCUUCGACAACUUUAACAACUUUAGCGACAACCACUGCCUUGCCACCUACGUUUACCAGCAGUCUGCCACUACAGCCUCAAGAUAUAGAUUUACAAUGUGAAAGUAAUCGUGGCGCUGGAUCAUUCAUGUGCCGGGCACCAUACAAUGGUGACUUUACUUCUAUAUGUACAAACUUAUGGUGCGCAAAUCCGACCAACACGUCUAGUUGUUUGUCAGCUACAGUCAUAGAUGGAACGAUGUGUGGAAAUAAAAAGUGGUGUAUAUCUGGUGUAUGUACUACAGAUUCAUCUGCAUCUCCAGGCGAUGAAUCCUGUUUGUAUGGAGAUAGAUUGGGACCAAUAUUUACCAACGGCUGGACAUGUUCGGAUAUGGUAGCGAACUCUCCGAAUUAUUGUUCGCUAGUACCAGUUGAUUGUUGUUAUUCAUGCGCGCCAUAUUUAACAGUAUCAACAUCAUCACAAUUAUAUAGCACAACUUAUCCACAAAGCACAACUUCUUACGGUGCAAUUUCAAGUGACCAAAUGCAACCAACGACAUUUAGUAACAUGCCACCUUUAUCUAGCAGUAAUAUUCCAUCUCUGUCUAGCAGUAAUAUGCCGUCAUCGUCCAACAGUAAUAUACCACCACCGUACAGCAGUAAUAUGCCAUCACUGUCAAGCAGUAUUAUGCAUUACCUUUAUAGCAGUAAUAUGCCACCACCGUCCAGCAGUAAUAUGCCGUCACUGUCAACCAAUAUUAUGCAUUAUCUGUCCAGCAGUAAUAUACUACCACCGUCCAGCAGUAAUUUGCUCCUACCUUCUAGCAGUAAUAUGCCACCUUCGUCCAGCAGUAAUUUGGUCCAACCGUUUAGCAGUAAUAUGCCACCUUCGUCCAGCAGUAAUAUGCCACCACCGUCCAGCAGUAAUAUGCCACCAUCGUCUAGUAGUAAUAUGCCACAACCGUCCAGCAGUAAUAUUAUAUAUCUGUCAAGCAAUUAUAUGCCACCACCUUUAAGCAGUAAUUUGUUCCCACCGUCUAGCAGUAUUAUGCCACAAGUGUCUAGCAGUAAUAUACCACCACCGUCCAGUAGUAAUUUGCCACCACCGUCUAGCAGUAUUAUGCCACAAUCGUACAGCAGUAUGAUAUAUUCGUCAAGCAAUAAUAUGCCACCACCGUCUAGCAGUAAUUUGCUUCAACCGUCUAGCAGUAUUAUGCCAUCAGUGUCUAGCAGCAAUAUACCACCACCAUCAAGCAGUAAUAUGCUGCCACCUUUUAGCAGUAUUAUGUCAGCUCCGUAUAGCAGUAAUAUGAUGUAUCCGUCAAGCAAUUAUAUGCCACCUACGUCUAGCAAUUAUAUGCCACCUCCGUCCAGCAGUAAUAUGCCUAAUACGUCUGGCAGUAAUAUGCCACCACCGUCCAGCAGUAAUAUGUCACCACCGUCCAGCAGUACUAUGCCACCACCACCAAGCAGCAUUAUGUCAGCACCUUUCAGCAGUAUUAUGUCAGCUCCGUAUAGCAGUAAUAUGAUAUAUCCGUCAAGCAAUAAUAUGCCACCAUCGUCCAGCAUUCAUAUGCUUCCACCAUCCAGCAGUACUAUGCCACCAACGUCCUUUAGUAAUAUUCUUUCUCCUUCUAUCAGUCACAUGCCAUCACCGUCCAGCAGUAAUAUGAUAUAUCAGUCUAGCAGUAAUAUGCCACCCCCGUCAAACAGUAAUUUGCCUCCUCAGUCCAGCAGUUAUAUGCCACACCUAUCUAGUAGUAAUAUGCCACCUCCGCCAAUCAGUAAUACGUCACCACCGUCCAGUAGUAAUAUCCCUUCACAAUCCAGCAGUAUUAUGUCACCUCAGUCCAGUAGUUAUAUGCCUCAACCAUCAAGAAGUAUUACACCACCACUGUCGAGCAGUAAUAUUCCACCUCCGUCAAGCAGUAAUAUGCCACUUUCGCCAAGCAGUAAUAUGCUACAACCGUCAAGCAGUAUUAUGUCAGAUCCUUACAGCAGUAAUAUUCCACCACCGUCCAGCAGUAAUAUCCCUUCACAAUCCAGCAGUAUUAUGUCACCUCAGUUCAGCAGUUAUAUGCCACAACCAUCCAGCAGUAUUACGCCACCACUGUCGAGCAGUAAUAUGUCACCUGCUUUAAGCAGUCAUAUGACACCUCCGUCCAGCAGUUAUAUACCACAACCAUCCAGCAGUAAUAUGCCACUUCCGUCCAGCAGCAAUAUGGCACCUACACCCAGCAGUGAUAUGCCACAACCAUACAGCAGUAAUAUGUUAACACCGUCAAGCAGUAUUAUGUCACAAGCGUCCAGUAGUACUAUGUCACCACUGUCCAGCAGUUACAUGCCAACACCGGUCAGCAAUUAUAUGCCAGCACCGUCCAGCAGUAAUAUGCCACCGUUGUCAAACAGUAAUACACAACUGCUGUCCAGCAGUAAUACGCCACCAAUGUCCAGCAGUAUUAUGCCUCCAUUAUCCAGCAGUUCUAUGCCAUCACAGUCAAGCAGUAAUGCACCCCCAAUCUCCAGCAGUAAUACACAUCCAAUGUCUAGCAGUACUAUGCCACCACAGUCCAGCAGUAAUACACCUCCAAUGUUCAGCAGUAGUUCACAACUUCUGUCCAGCAGUACUAGGCCACCACUGUCCAGCAGUAAUACACCUCCAAUGUUCAGCAGUAGUUCACAACUUCUGUCCAGCAGUACUAUGCCACAACUGUCCAGCAGUAAUACACCUCCAAUGUUCAGCAGUAGUUCACAACCACUGUCCAGCAGUACUAUGCCACCACAGUCCAGCAGUAAUACACCUCCAAUGUUCAGCAGUAGUUCACAACCACUGUCCAGCAAUACUAUGCCACCACAGUCCAGCAGUAAUACACCUCCAUUGUCCAGCACUAAUACACAACCACUGUCAAGCAGUACUAUGCCACCACAGUCCAGCAGUAGUACAUCUCCAUUGUACAGCAGUAAUACACAACCACUGUCAAGCAGUAAUACACAACCACUGUCUAGCAGUAAUAUGCCACCACUGUCGAGCAAUACUAUGCCACCACUGUCCAGUAGUAAUAUGCCACAAACGCCCAGCAUUAAUGUGCCAUUACAGUCUAGCAGUUAUAUGCCCCCAACAUCCAGCAGUUAUAUGCAACCGACAACUAGUAGCAAUCCAUCACUGUCCAGCAGUAAUAUGCCAUCUAGUUCUGAAACAACUGCAUCAACGACACAAACAACAACAUCAAAUACACAAUCUACACCUACAACAACAACAACAACAACGACACAAUCGAUAAUGAUAACAACUUCACCACCAACAUCAACCGUAACAACGACUACACCAACAGAAACUGCAACACCAACUGCAACACCAACAACAACAACAACACCAACAACAACUACGACAAAAUCUGCAACAACUACACCACCAACAUCAACCGUAACAACAACACCGACUACACCAACAGAAACUACAACACCAACUGCAACACCAAUUACAACAUCAACAACAACUACGACAACAUCUGCAACAACUACACCAACAACAACUGCGACAACAUCUGCAACAACUUCGACAACAUCUGCAACAACUACACCAACAACAACUACACCAACAACAACUAUGAUAACAUCUGCAACAACUACACCAACAACAACUACGACAACAUCUGCAACAACUACACCAACAACAACUUUGACAACAUCUGCAACAACUACACCAACAACUACACAAUCUACACAAACAACAACAUCGACAACGACAGCUGCCCAGCUUGCUGCUUUAAAUUUUGAUUCUGGAGCAGUUGUGCCUUUCAAUAAAGCUAUCUCCAUUGUCAUUACCAUAGCAUCAGUUGGAAUAAUUAAAUAUUUGCUGUAAAUUGGACUAUUUCUAGUUUUCAUACGACGUGCACAUUCCUUUACAAAAGCACGAUAGAACUUAUAUCAUUCAAAAUAGUGCACAUUUAAUCAUCAUUUUAAUGAACAAAGUCAACAACAAGUGUCCUUUAACGGUAAUAAUUUGUCUGCAAAGAUGUGUAAUUCGACAAUAACAUGUCUCCUUAGUGAUGAGUUUAAAAACAAAAACAAAAAGGACAAACGUAUAGCGAAGGCCGGGAAAAGAAUCAUACAUUUUGCAUGAGAGAGAUAUUUUUAUUAACAUGAUUACUCUUUAAUAAUUUCAACCUAUGAACAAUCACAAGAUGACGAAGAAUUUAGUAUGAAUUCUGAACAAUUAUAUAUUUCUCUAUUGGUCUCCUUUUUUAUUUAUAUACACUUAACAUACACUUUCAU